AUGGAACCGGCGGUUCUAGACGAUAUUAUUCGCCGUUUGGUUGAAUUUAGGAGCACGAGGCCUGGAUCGGGGAAGCAAGUUCACCUCAGCGAAGGUGAAAUCCGUCAGCUCUGUGCUGUCUCUAAAGAAAUCUUUCUUCAACAACCUAAUCUCCUCGAACUUGAAGCUCCCAUCAAGAUCUGCGGUGAUAUUCAUGGGCAGUAUUCAGAUCUAUUGAGGCUUUUUGAGUAUGGAGGCUUCCCUCCCGAAGCCAAUUAUUUGUUCUUAGGUGAUUACGUAGACCGUGGGAAGCAAAGCUUGGAAACAAUAUGCCUUCUCCUAGCUUACAAAAUCAAGUACCCUGAGAACUUCUUCUUGUUGAGAGGAAACCAUGAAUGUGCCUCCAUAAAUCGUAUUUAUGGUUUCUAUGAUGAGUGCAAACGCAGGUUCAAUGUCAGACUCUGGAAAAUAUUCACUGAUUGCUUUAACUGUCUUCCUGUGGCCGCCUUAAUUGAUGACAGAAUACUCUGUAUGCAUGGUGGGAUUUCCCCAGAGUUGACAAGUUUGGACCAAAUCAGGAAUAUUCCACGCCCGAUGGAUAUUCCUGACUCGGGUUUGGUAUGUGAUUUACUAUGGUCGGAUCCUAGUGGAGACGUCAAAGGCUGGGGAAUGAAUGAUCGUGGUGUUUCAUACACUUUUGGAGCUGACAAAGUUGCAGAGUUUUUGGAAAAAAAUGACAUGGACCUUAUCUGUCGUGCCCACCAGGUUGUUGAAGAUGGGUACGAGUUCUUUGCAGAAAGACAGCUUGUUACGGUAUUUUCAGCUCCCAACUAUUGCGGGGAAUUCGACAACGCUGGUGCAAUGAUGAGCAUUGAUGAGAGCCUGAUGUGCUCAUUUCAAAUUCUAAAGCCGUCAGAAAAGCGAACGCCAUUUCUAUGA